GUCACACCCUUUACCGCUCUCUCCCAGUCGAUCUAUCAGCUACAGUCCGCCAUGUUGGUCGGAGUGGGUGUCACUCUUUUACGGAUUUCAGAGCUGCUGCUGCCGCCCGCCCGCCUGCCAGCCCUUUACAUAAACACUAACACUGCCUUAGCGAGCGGAAUAACUCAGUAAAGUUGUGCAAAUCUCAGUCAAUAACCGAUUUUUCCUUUUAUACCGGGCCGGUGCGCAUGCCGGGCGUUAUUCCCGGACGAACACGGAGUCCUGAAGCAACACAGCGAAAGGCUUGGUAAUGGAGGAAUUCGCCAUGCUGACUCCCUACACUGUGUGGAAAUGGUUUUAACAGGCACAGAGUAACUCCGGGAAUUGUUGAAGCAGGGAACACACUUUUGGACUUGCAGAAGCUGAACUUUUUUGGAACCUGAUCUUGGCUUUGAGAACUGAAGAAAGAGUGCUGCCUUUUUUUUUUUCUUGUUUUUGUGGAAUAAAAGUUUCUCUUUCGUGUAAUUCUCAAGGAUAUAACAAAGACUUCACCAUGCCGAGCUCUACCAUCAGGAGGCAGAUGAAAAAUGUGGUCAAUAACUAUUCAGAGGCAGAGAAAAAGGUCAGAGAAGCGACCUCCAAUGACCCAUGGGGCCCCUCCAGCUCGCUGAUGUCGGAAAUCUCCGACCUCACUUACAAUGUGGUGGCCUUUUCUGAAAUCAUGAGCAUGAUCUGGAAGAGGCUAAACGACCACGGCAAGAACUGGCGGCACGUUUAUAAAGCGCUGACGCUGCUGGACUACCUGAUCAAGACUGGCUCGGAGCGUGUGGCCCUGCAGUGCAAAGAGAACAUCUUUGCUAUCCAGACUCUCAAAGAUUUUCAGUACAUUGACCGUGAUGGCAAAGACCAGGGCAUCAACGUGAGGGAGAAGUCCAAGCAGCUGGUGGUGCUGCUGAAGGACGACGACCGGCUGAAGGGAGAGCGCUCUCAGGCCUUGAAGACCAAGGAGCGCAUGGCUCAGGUGGCCACCAGCGUUGGCAGCAACCACCAGAUCAACUUUGGCCGCGGAUCCAGCCAGCCUAACCUGUCCACCAGUUACUCUGAGGAAUACGGGAGGUCAGAAGGGUCGCCGGCCUCGUAUCACGGAUCUACAUCUCCUAAUGCUUCAUCAGAGCUUGAGCAGGCCCGGCCGCAGACGAGUGGGGAGGAGGAGCUACAGCUACAGUUGGCGCUGGCCAUGAGCAGGGAGGCGGCGGAGCAGGAGGAGAGGAUGCGCCGUGGGGAUGACCUGCGGCUCCAGAUGGCCCUGGAGGAGAGCCGCAAAGACUCUGGCUCGGGGAAAUUGGCCAAAAAGAAGAAAGAGCCUCCACAGUCAUCUUUGAUGGAUCUGAUGGACGUAGUCCCUGAAGGCCCUGCUGACCCUUGGGGGGGCGGAGCAGCAGCCGCUGCAGCUCCACCUUCAGACCCAUGGCACAGCUAUGGUGCUGCCCCUAAGCCAGCAGCUCCUGUGGAUCCCUGGGGCCUGCCCACUGCUGCCACCUCCGUCACUCCCAUGAAGAGCAGUGACCCCUGGGGGUCAAGCCCUGCUCCUGCAGCUGCUGAUCCCUGGGGCUCGGGGCCAGCCACACGCCCCAAAGCCUCUGGACCAGGCUCAUUUGAUCUCUUCUCCGCAUCAAAUGGUACCUCUAAAGAAGAUCUGUCUGACUUUGACAGUCUUCGUACUUCAGCGAUGACGGGAGAUGGCAAAGGAAGUUCAUCCCUUCCCUUACAGACCAGCAAGUCUGCUAGCUCCAACCUGUUCGACCUGCAGCCAGGCGGCCCAACCAGAAAAACCCCAGAGUCAUUCCUGGGUCCCAAUGCUGUCCUGGUAAACCUGGACUCUCUGAUCACCAAGCCUCCACAGCCAGCUCCUGUCUCCAAUCCCUUCCUUGCUGGAGGAGCACCUCCUGCCCCUGCUGCUCAAGUCAACCCCUUCCAGGUGAACCAGCCCCAGCCGCCCACCCUCAACCAGAUGAGAGUGAGCCCCAUGAUGGGCGGCAUGGACCUGAGAAGCAAUGACCCCCUGCCCUUGUCCUCUCUGGCCCCUGCCAGCUUUGGGCCUGUGGGUGGCAUGGCCCCCCUCGCUCCCAUGGGCCAGGUGAUGCCAGCCAUGGGUGCACCUGGCUCCCUCUCCAUGCCCCAGCCCCUCAUGAGUGGAGCUCUGCAGCCUGCAGGUACUGCCGCCCAGGCGGGUGGCACCACUAACCCCUUCCUGUUGUGAGGAACAAUACAGGCUGUCAUUGCCUGAACACACCCACAGCCCCUCCUUCUCAUCUCCCUUUCCGUGGUUUAGACAAUAUAGUCUGUUGUGUUCCCCAGACCGAUGUGCUAUUUUGAGACUUUCUGGAGUAGCAGUGGUGUUUACAGUUUUUACAUUGGCAGGAGAGCUGCUCUCUCUCCGGCCUGUUUGGAGGUAGGUACCAUAGAAUGAUUGGUAUUUUAUUUUUCUAAAUUUCCUCAAAUGGACCGUCAGCGAUUGAUUACUGUAUCUCUAGGUGUGAUUUUUCUCAACACUUUUAGUCUGCAGUUGUUUCCAAAAAAAAGACAGCCUCGCAUUUAAAGGAGUCCUGAUUUGUAACUUCUUUUGAUUGCUUAUUUUUCUUAUCGGGGGCUUAAAAAACCUAAGGGAUUCUGCUUUCUUCUCUUCUUAUUCUGUUCUUUUUCUAAUUUGUAGUCUUUUAAAGCUGUAUAAUCGCUAAAGCUAACCCUUUUUAAUCAAUGCAGCCUAUCUAUAUGUUCUACGCAGUGCAUAUACACUAUGUGUAUUUACAGUACGCAUAAGUAGACACAGGUUUAGAGGACACUAUCAGUUUACAUGGUAAUAAUUUUGAUGUUCUAAGCAGGGAUUUUGCACACGCUCUGAUUUUCUUGUGUUGACUGUUGGCUCACCAUUAGUCCUUAGCUUGGCAAACAAUGAUCAACUGUUUGGGAAAGACAUGACUUUGUGUACCAGGCAAAAGAAAGAAAGACGCCUGGUGAAGAAAAUGUUUGCUAAGGACAUGGAGAAAAUGUCCUAAAGCAGCAUGUCUCAGUGGUUCCAAAUCUGUUGCAUUGGAGGAUGAACUUCAUACUGAAGUGGAGAGGUUUGGUUUUUUUUUAACGUGCAUGAUGGGGAAUUGGUUACCAUAUCAUAAUAUGGCUCUACUUUUCUACAAAUGCCUCUGAUUUUUUUUUUGUUUGUUUCUCCUUAAAAAAAAUCUUCAUAUCUUUUAGAGAUUGUUCUCUUUAUCUUCAGUUGGUUGUGUGGGUUGUUUCAGUUCAGUUCAAUACAGUUCAGUUCAGUACUGUUGUUAUAAAGCUCACUCUUUGCACAGCAUCCUUAUGAUAACUGUUUAUCUGACACAGCUAAUCAAUGCUAAUGAUUAGUAUUUAACUGCCUAGCUUCUGUUGUUUUGAGUUAUUUGAGUCAUACAUGGAGUAUCAAACAAUCUGAAAUAUGUGUUCUGUUUCUGUAGUCUUGUUUAUUAUUUAUAUGUGCAAACGAAAAUGUAUGUGUGUGUUAGUUAUCACGGAAGGAACAAAGGGAAUUGGGAGGAGGAGGAUGAUGAGUUCAACUGUUUUUCUUCUUUUCAUCAGGUUCAAAUGCAUCUUACUGUUAUCAAUAUUAUAUUAUAGCUAACUAAUCACUGUUACCUUAUGCGAUCAGUUCAUAUACAUCAUUUAAAAUGAUUAAAAAUAGCAAAACAUUUAUCACUCCUCGCCAUUAAAGCUAAAUGGCGGUUAUGCUUCUGACGUGUAUGAAAUGCAUUGAUGUUCUAAUAGUGUUCGUAUGAGGUGGGACAUUUAAACGCAUUACAUAUAUAUGGUUUUAUUUUUUUUAUAUAGGUGGUGGUAGGGCAGGGGUGGAUUUCUCGAGUAGGCCGACUCCUUUUUACUUAUUUAAUUUCCAUUUCGGGCUCCGUUUGAGUGUCUUCUAUUCUGAGCUGUAAUCUUAAAGUACAUCGGACGUCGAUUUCCAUUAAAGCAUCGCUGUGUGUAGCAACAAGACGUUCUUGUGGCAGAAGGGGAUUUACAGUAAUCUAGCCGAAAGAUCAGAAUCUUAGCUCUCUAAUCCUUUAGUCCAUAUCAGACAGAAGAUUGAUGCACAAGGUAUGAUAUGUACACAUUUAUUGUACACAACAGAAUCAGAUACGUAAUACACUGGUCUGUGUAGAUAUUGCGGAAAGGUUUUUGUUUAAAAUUAUACUUUAAAUAUACUUUAUUUGACAUCACAGAUGGAUAUAUCAACAGCCUUUAUCGGGAAAGCAGAUAUCAAGACUUUUUACCUGGGUUUGUCAUAUAUGUCAAGUAUGACAAUGUAGGUUCAACCCCACAAGCACAAAGAUGCAGCUUGCAGUUUUUCUCCUGCCCAAACAUAGUUACCAAAGUCAGUGCUUGUGAAAUGAAAUAUAUAAAAGAGGUGCUCUUGUUAGGUAUAGUUUUAUAACUCGAGUAUUUAGAAAUAUAAUUUUUUCUUAAUUUUUCGUUUGAGCCCAAUUGAUAGUGCUCUUGGUUUUUAGUUUUUUCUUCCUUAAACCACUGCCAAUAUCUUUUUUCUUUUUUUUUCUUUUUUUAAUGGGAUGCGUUUGCGCUGUCCAUUCGUUUGUGACCUCUGCUGGAAAUGCUGUGCUAGUGCUGCCUUAGUGCAGCUGUGUAGCUGAGCCUGGGUCUUCACUGUCACCAAUCUGCUACCAAACUCAGGCAUCUGAGGGAAGAACGCUUUUAAAUAAAAUAAAAUAAAUGAUAAAAAAAAAUAUAUAUAUAAUGAAAUUAUAAUAAAAGUAUGGGAUGAGCUUGUGAUGGAUGUGACUGUGAAAGCAGGCAGCGAUCCUGUAAUGUCCGACUCCUCCUCUGCUGACAAAACGACAGUUUGUCACAAUUGAUUUUAAAUUGUUUAGAAAAAAAAAAACAGUUAUGCAAACUACUUUUCCCAUUUUUCUUUUGUUUUGUUCUGCUUUUACUGAUCUCUACAGUAUCUAGCUCAGUUUGUCCCGUCUCAUUUUGCUGUUACUGUUUGUGUAUCACUCGUUUUCUGUUACUAUGUACUCAUUAAGCAUAUGUUGUGGAGGACUAACCUUGUGGACACGCAUAAACACCUUUAUUUUAUUUUAUUUUUGGUUUUCAUGUUACUGUGUCUGUGUAUUUACCAAACUGUCUCAUAUUACUGGGAGCAGGCUGCUUUUUUAUUGAUAUGUGCUCGACUUGUUGGCAUUAUAACUGUAUAAUAUAAUUUAUCAUUUGUUCUAUUGUAACAUAUUGUUCUGUACCUUAUUUCUGUGUAAUGGUUUUGUAGAAAAGUCACAUGAGCAAAUGUGAUGUUUUAAUGCCAUCUAAAUCGCAGCAAGUGAUAAAGGACCUGUAGCUGCAAUGGUUAAAAAUAAACCGUAUCACUGACAUUUA